UUAGUUCAUGCUUUUAACUUGAAGUGGACGUCUGACAUUACAUAAUAAGCUACUAAUGUUGCCAAGUUUUCAAAACAUUCUACUAUAUUCAGUUUUAAAUGUUUUUUUAACGAAUUAAAACCAGUCAACAAAUUAGGUUUUGAUUAUUGUAAUUAGCAAGGUUGGACAUAAAAUUUUCAGUUAAAUGAAACGCUCUAAUAUUUGAAUUCACCAAAGUUCCGCAGUGUAACGGAACGUUUCAAUUCUAUCGAUUUUCCGCGGUAAUUGUGAACAUGGCUGGCUAAGUCGCCGCUUAAAUAAUUAAGUGAAAAAAACUUUAAUAACACUCCAUAAGUGCAUUUUAGUUUUUAAAACAUUAUAUUUCUUUAAUAGAAACGAAGCGUUAAAGUUUUCUUCAGUUAAUUUGUUAAAAUAAAUUAAUGUCUGAAAUCAUGCGGUCAUAUUAUGUUUUCCAAGUCAUAUUUGUGAUUUCCAUUAUACAGUGUUUUAUUGUAGAUACUUACGCCUCCCAAUCAAACAAAAGCUCUCACCACCUUCGACGACUUGGUGACGAUGGCUACUUCAAGAAAUCCUCAUACCGGUCCUUCCAGCCAGUAUCUAUUAAAUACCACAAGUCGACGUACCCGAAGGCUGAUGACCGAUCAGACUAUGAUAUAACGUCAUAUGAUACCGAGUACGGAGGGGUUGUCUCGAACUUUACGUCUUCCAUUUAUGAUGAUAACCCUCAGUUGUAUCCGAAUCCGGAGUUUGUUGCGAGGAGUAACCAAGUAGUAGGCAAGACGGACAACAAAGUAGAUGUGGAGCCGGACUUGCCUGAUGAUUCUCUAGCCGACGCGGACCUUAAAGAACACAACAUUAUUGACAGUGUGACUUAUCUGUACGGGUUCAAUAACUGUCACGGCGUCAGGAAUGAGUGGAUGAUACUGAUCUUCAUAACCAGCGGCAUAUCAGUAGUUCUCCUCAUCAGUGCGGUCAUGUGGCUGAUGUGGAGCGAGUACGCGGCUGAGUUCAGACGCAGCAGUAAGCUCUACCCGAUCAACAUCAACUUGUGCUGUUGUCUCGCGGCCUGCACUAUUAUUUACAUACAGGCUGUCAUGGGAGUAUCAUCCCCCUCACAAUGUGAGAGGAUAGCUCUCCUCUUGCACUACACACACGUGUCCUGUGCGAUGUGGAUCGUGGCGCUAGCGGCCGCAGUAGCCGAGUACUGCGCCUGUGACACUCUGCUGCCACUGAAGUAUAACUAUCUAUUGGCCUACGGUGUUCCUGCGGUUGUUGUUAUGUUCAACUACGCCCUCUCAAUGGAACACUACGAAAUAAAGCACUACUGUUGGAUGUCAAUAGAAAAAGGCAUGGUGAUGGGGUUCAUGAUACCAGCCAUGAUUCUCAUCCUUAUUAACACUGCCAUCAUAAUCUUGGGUCUACAGAGCGUGAACAAAAAGCAGGCAGAAACGUUAACUGCCAAAAUACAAGAGCUUGUUGACCAUCAUAUAGCGAACUGGCCCAAGACGGACCAAAUGGAUGAUAAAAAUGGAAGUAUAGAUACUUUAGAUAAUAUCUAUACGCCCGGCAGUAGUAGAAAGAAUACGGAUAGUUCGGAAACACUGGAUAAAGAUUACAUUGGUAGUGAAGAUGACUGUCAUUACGUUAAUAUGGCAAUACCGGGGGAAACCUGUGAAACAGGCAGUGAGUCAAACAUCGCCCAAGCGAAGUCCCUGCAAGACAAGAGCCUACUAAACAUGUUGUACAUGGACAAUGUAUCCUGGAAAUGGAGCUGGAAUACGGAAGGCAACGAGCUGAAGACUUAUCUGAACCUGUGUUUGGUGCUAGAACCGUUCUUCGCCAUCAACUGGGUGAUGGGUGUUGUUGCUAUAGAGAAUGCCGCCCAUUGGUCGACGCCGACUAUUUACUUGAUUUUAGUCGUUGUUAUGUACAUCUACCUAACGACGACAAUCUGCACAACUCUGCCCAUCGUCAAACCGAAAACAACGGCGCCGUGCUGCGAAGCGGUCAUCACAGAGCCUACCCUUACAAGAAACAGGACUACAGACAGCAUUCCUCUUUUGGAUCCAUCGAUUCAACAGCCAAUAGUGACGCCGGCACCAGCCGACACUAUAAGUACCAUCAGCAUUUAAACUACAAAACUAUAGCACACACAUGUGCUGGUUAUAUCAUUUCAGUCGUAAAAACGGCACUAAAGCUAUGGACACACGGUUGUAAAUCGUGUAACGGGUUUCUGCGGGUAGUCAAAAGGUUUUGGCUGAAGUACAAAGACUCGAGUUUCAGUAUGUUUAGGGGAUGUAUGAUGGGAAUUAUGAAUUGAGAAAGGUCAUAGAUAGACGUAUAGAGAUUGGAUUUUUAUUAAAAAGAAUGUACAGGCCCGCCUUUGAACAAACUGAUUGAAGUAAUAGUAACUGCUAACCAACGGACUAUUUGUCUUAUAAGUAACGAAAAAUGGUCUAAUUCUGGUUCAUUGCAUUGUUUAAUAACAUAUACAAUGAAAAUAUAGUCUUCCGAAAUUGUUUUAAAAUCUACCAAAAUAUUUAGUUUUAAUUUAACGGGUAAUAUUUGUGACUUGUUGUGGAAGUUGCCAACGUAAUAAUUAUUUUUACCCUGUUUUCUUGACAUAUAUUCCUUCAUUAUUUAAAUUAUGGUAUUUAAUGCAAAAAAUUAUUUGUAUAAUCCUUAAAAUCGCUAACAGACAGAAAUCUUGUCGAACUAUGAGUAAAAGACGUUAUCCGGACGCCGAUGCCAAAAGAAAGUUAAAUAAUAUACUGUCAAUUUACAUUCCAAAAUGGCGGCAUAAUCUGUUAGCAAUUUCCAGGGAUUAAAAUAAGCGAAUCACUUCCACAAAAUCAAAAUAACAUCUAAAUCCAAUUAAUCUCAUAAGAAUAGAUUUUGAAGGAGUUUGAAAGUAUUCUACAGUUAGAAAUGGAUUGUUGAGCCUACAUUACGGCGCGUUUUGUCACAAUGUGACUUUUUAACUUAGCGCACCAUACGUACCGCCCAACAGACGGGUGAAAGGCGCUUGCAUUGGCCACUUAAAUAUAAUAAAAUGAACGCUGACCUCUGCUCUAUUACGAACUAAUUAACUGAAUUUAAGUCUCUGUAUUAGUGCUAAUAGUAGCCAAAGAGCUGUUAGUAAUCUUAAUCUUAAGCUGUCAGUGACAAAAAAGAGUAAUUUAAAUUGUUACAAUAUAACUGUCAAUUUAUAUGGAAGAUGGUCUAUCGUGGUACAACAGGGGUCAGUGUUUAAGCUUUUAGUGAAGCGGCAUUGCCAUUUUAUAUCUACUUUACAUUAGAUAUUUCUUCAAAAUAUAACGUCCUUCACCCCAAUGUGGGGUUAUGUAUGGUUCGCUUUUGGCAAUUCGCGUAGUGCCGACAUUACUUCCAUUAGAAGCCAAGAUCUAACCAAUUUUUACAGGACUAAGCAACGCUGAGAGGAUGAUCAGUAUAAUGUGUUAUUGGCGCUGGCAAUCAUUCAAAGCAUGCAAUCAGACUAUAUGACUGCAUAGAUCUAUUUAAACGAGGUUAUAUGUUUUUCAAUAAAAAAAGUAAAUGAUAAUAGUGGUAAAGUCGGCACUAAAGUUGAAUUGAGCUUUUGAAUCUUAGGGCCAACUAUAAGGAAUUGUGUCUUCUUAACUUAAUGAAUACUUAAAAUAUUUCUUAUUAUUCAUAUCUGAAUAGAGUAGACUGUAUCUGAAAUAUUCAGUGCAGAGACAUUUUAAGAGAAAUACAUUUAAAAUUAAUCUCUAAAAUAAUCCAUUUAAAUGUGAUUCAUAAAAAGGAAUUUUAAUAAAAUUAAGUGGUUUAGGAAUAAAUUAUAUAAAUGUAAGUGAAUACUUUAAAACAUUCAUUCAAUUCGAGUUCAAUGAUGUUAGAUACAUGCGUAGAUUUGAUAUUUUAUGCCUUACUGUGUUAUCUUAGUUUUGAUGCCUAUUAGUGAGUAGAGGUGAAUAAAAGCAGUGUAAAAAUGAAAAUCGCACAAAAAUUAUGAUAUCACAUUUUCAUUUGUACAUGUGCAUUAUUUAAUCUGCUCUAAAAUCGGGUACAGUGCCUAUUUAAAUGUACCUGCAAAUUCAUUAUUUCAUUUUGCCCCAAGUGUUGGGAGUCCAGGGCCUACCGUCAUGCCUUAAAGUUCAUUGUAGUUGUGGCAGCGUGACCGCGCACUACACGGCGUAGAGCGUCGUCUCUCUUCUACAACUGCAAUAGGAAGCGAGAAAUGAGUCACGGUGUUAGAGAAAACAAUGAAGCUAGUAAGAAUAAAAUGAACACCACUGCUUUUAUUGGCCUAAACUAUGACAUUAAUUUACUUAGAUUUUAUAAUCUACGAAUAAGAACUUUUCUACUACAAAGUUUACUAUAACUAGAGCUCUACAUUUCAUUCAAAACGGGUUACAUUUGAUCGUCAGAGUGCUGACAAUAAAUAUAUUAAUAAUUCUACUUCUAUAGGAAAUAUUCAUUCAUGGGCGAGGCGAAAGCCUUUAUUAUAAGAACAUUUUGAGAUUAAACAUCUCUCGACAAUAAUUUCGAACAUUACACACUGCCCAAAGCAUUCCUCACAGAUUUAUUAACUAUGCCUAUAAUAAAUAAAUAUUAUACAAUUCGCUUAGGAUAAAAUAAAUAAUGUGCAGUGCAAUGAAAUAGUAGACGUUUACUUGUGUUGCAUUUCAGGCAUUGACAGUAUUAUACAAGGUUGCCAGAUUAAAAGAAGAAACUACCAUAAGGAGGUAAAAUAUUUUAUUAUAAAUUGAAUGUUACCUAGAAGCAUGCCAGAAUUAUUUUUGUGAAGCUGUAUAGUGGUUAAAUAUGUUUACAUGUAUGUUCGUGUGCGUAUAUUAUUUACAGAUUAAAAAAUAUGUUAAUGGCAAUAAAUAUCAAUAUCUGUGAGAUUUUAAAAUAUAAAUGUUUGAAAACUUACUACUGUAAUUGUAGUUAAGGUUUCAUUUGUGAUAGAUUAUAGUGUGAUAGCAAUAUUGUUGCCACGACGAGUUUUAAUAAAUGUUUUAAAUAUCAUUAUUUCCUUGUUUUAUUUAUGCGGGUAGGAGACAAACACCUCAUUCACCCUAGAGUGCACCAAGUUUAUUUACAACGAUAUGGAAAAAGUAGACAAACAAAAAUCUACCUGUGCGUUAGUCCAUAACGCUCUCCUCAAUCAGUACUCUGAGUUAUCGCUCGUCGAACCCUGAGUUGAGUGAUGUCCUUACAUAAAAAGCAAACAGCUAUCUUUAUUCAUUACCCAGCGCGCAGUGGGGUUGAGGACUCUCACGCUGUGCAUAAAGCAACAUGAACAUUGAACACACCUACCUCAAAAAGAUGGCACUAGCGCACGACAUCCGGCAUGCCCUGACCAUGAAUUUUCCUAUCCCUCAAGUACGUUUAUUUUCUCGUCUUUAAAUUAAUUACACAUUUGGUUUUUAAGACAGUUCCAAAAGAUAUAUCUAGUUGCUUUAACUUGAAACAUUUAUUUCAAUGUAAAGGAGGUAUAAAUAAUGUUAUUUAUAUUUUGGGUUAAAAAGACGAAGUGAUGAACUUGCGUGAAAGUGAGAAAGCUUUUUCUUUCCCGGACUGACCGCACCUAGUAUUACUCAUUUCGAAAGCCAAAUACCUAGUCGAUAUUUUUCCUUUUAGCAUUGAUAAGGAGAUUGUUUUACAAUCAUCACGGUUCUCAUUUCUAGUAAUCGAUGCGUCAUAACGAUGACGCGCAAGUGGCGUAGCCACACCCAAACCUUUUUAAUAUAUAUAACUUGAAUGUGUAGUGUAGUGAUAGUGAGUGUAGUUAUUAGGCGUAGGUUAUAAACACAAAUAAAACAACUAAUGUUCUCUUAUAUCGAGUGUAUUUCUGGAUAAAUCGGUUACAAAAUACUUAUCCAACGCCCGCCAUGUUUCGAGCCGUGGCUCAAGCUUACAUUCGUUAGCAAGAUGAAUUUCAAACGAAACUAGGUGAUCGUAUAAAAUCGUACAUUCUUUAUAUUACAAUCUAAAUAGUAUAAAAGCCGACCGGCGUUCGCUAACUUGUUUUACAAUAAAAAAAA